AUGUCAACGACACCGAGGAGAUCAACCCCGACAGUCUUCGAGCAGCAGCGAGCGGAGCUGGUUCGGGAAAUCGCAGUGGUAAGCAAUUCGGCGCUGGACAAGACACAAAAGUCACUGCAUCAUGCAACUGUUCAAGGUAUGGAGCAAGUACUUCAAAACAUCAACCGAUUGAACCGCAACCUGGAAAGUAUCAUUGCUGUCGGCAAUGAGUUCAGUUCCGUCGAAGCUCUCUGGUCACAAUUUGAGAACUUCAUGGACCGCUCUGAAGAUAAUGAGCAGAAAGGGACGAGACAGGGUGAAGGGCAACAUGAUGGAGAGGAAGGAAGGGAUGGUCAUGAUCAAAGUUUCAACGAGGGAAAAUCAAGAAGUCACUAG